CGAACGUGAAUUUUCCUUCCUAAUAACUCGGAACAUUCAGAAACUUACCUCAACCUCCCAUAAUGAGCAUAUUCCGUUGCCUCCAUAACAGCACCCGCUGGCUCUCCACCACCCGAGGGUCCCUGGCGCGGCAGUUCCACGACCCCCUGGACCACGUCACCGGGAUAGAGAAGCGGGAGCUGCUGGCGCAUCUGGCCGGAGACUGCGACCCGUUCCGCAUACUCAUGGUGCCUAGAGGUCCAGGCACCUACAGCCGCCCCAACCUGAUGCCGUCGGCGUUCAGCAAGCGGCUGGUGGGCUGCGUCUGCAACGAGCACCAGAUGCACGUGGAGUGGAUGUGGCUGUACCAGGGCGAGCCCCGGCGCUGCGGCUGCGGCCACUGGUUCGAACUGUGUCCCACUGCGCCGCUGUAGGGGUGUGAUUCUGCGUAU